UUCUAGCUUUUAACUUUUAUCUUUUCAAUUUUUAUUAUUAAUCCGCUCGAUGCAAGUAGURRAGAGACAUGUAAAUGGGUAAAACAUGUCCGACAAGGAGAAGAAAGCGAUUUCUUUGCAGCAAGCAACRCGCCAUGUUCGCGCUUUGCUCAUUUCAGCACCAAAUGGACUGAAUAUUGUCGAGAUUCAAAAUGACUAUUUGAAUAUUAUUGGAAAGCCUUUUCCAUAUAGAGAACUGGGUUUUAAGGAACCUAUAGRGCUUAUCAAGGCAAUGCCUGAUGUCGUUCAGCCAACGUUUAUUCGGGGAGAGUUAAUUCUGAGAGGUAUAGCCGACCAGACAAGUGAACACAUWGCAAGACUAGUUGCCAAGCAAAGAAAGACAKCAAAAAGAAGAGCUACUCACGUCAUUCGGAAAACACCAUUACAAACUCCKAGUGUACCUCCRUACMUCCGAGGCAAGAUCCAAGAAUUACUGACAUUUUACCCSAAUGGCAUGCUGGGAUCUAGUUUCCUUAUGGCAUUUUCCAGACAUUUYAAURUGGACCUUGAUUUUAAAAGACUAGGGUUUUCAUURCUCCAAGACUUACUUAAAAGUAURCCAGAUAUUGUAAAAGUUGAAAAUAUUAAACUUGGUGGCUACAGARUUUAUGGGACAUACAGCUCACAGCCAAACAAGAGCACAUUAUCAUGCGAUAUAAAACCUAAAAAAGAACUAUCUUGCAGUAGCAGUACAAAAAARMCACUUUUACCCACUCCUAAAUCAAAUACCAAUGAACUGAACUUACAAAAUCAUGUCAAAAAGAUACUUGACUCUCAAUCUAGUGUAAGUCAACAACUGAAAAAUGAAAUAGCACAGGUACUAUCAAAAAGACCAAAUGGUGUAUGGGCAGCUCGUCUWCCAAUUGAAUAUAAGAAAUAUUUUAGCAAAGAGUUAAAAAUGAAAGACCAUGGCUUCACAACUAUAGUAGAAUUGGCCGAUGCAAUGUCAGAUAUUGUUAGAAUAGAAAGACCAACUAAGACUGGUGACUGGCUCUUACAUGGUUUACAGAAGUUCAUUCAACCUGAAAGUAAGCAAUGUUUACCUGUAGGUGAUGUGCAAGGAGGCAAGAGAGAGAGAAAUAGAGAAAUAGUGUGUGAGCAUUUUAUCAGGUGUACAAAAUUACGAUUUUGUUUUACAGCCAAUUAG